CAUUUGCUUGUCAGACUUUUUUGGUUGAGUCUGUGAGAGUUUCACAGUUCCGAAGUCAUUCUCUUCAAUGGAGCUCUUUGUAGCCACUGCUUUCUCAUGGACCCACUCCAUCUCUCCCUCUCUUCACAUUCCUCAACCCUUUUCUACGUGUGAGACUAGGAGGUUCCGUGUUUGGUGUAGUUCUGAUCAAACCCACCAGGCAAAUCAGAUGACUGUAUCAGUGACCGGAGCUACGGGUUUUAUAGGUAGAAGAUUGGUGCAAAGGCUGCAUGCAGAUAAUCAUUGCGUUCGCGUCUUGACACGCUCUAGAUCUAAGGCUGAGUUAAUUUUUCCGGUCAAGAACUUUCCAGGAAUAGUGAUUGCAGAGGAGCCAGAGUGGAAAGACUGCAUUCAUGGUUCAAACGGUGUUGUGAACUUGGCUGGGCUGCCAAUAAGUACGCGAUGGUCUUAUGAGAUCAAGAGAGAGAUUAAGCAAAGCCGGAUUAGAGUCACCUCGAAGGUUGUAGAUUUAAUAAAUGAUGCGCCAGAUGCAGUUCGGCCUACAGUUUUAGUUAGCGCAACCGCUGUUGGUUACUAUGGCUCUAGUGAAACACAAGUAUUUGAUGAACAAAGUCCAUCAGGAAAUGAUUACUUGGCUGAGGUUUGUAGAGAAUGGGAAGCAACAGCCCUCAGAGUAAAUAAGGAUGUCAGACUAUCACUUAUUCGCAUUGGUGUUGUUCUUGGUAAAGAUGGUGGUGCUUUAGCUAAAAUGAUCCCUCUCUUCAUGAUGUUUGCUGGUGGUCCUUUGGGCUCUGGAAAACAAUGGUUUUCCUGGAUUCAUCUGGAUGACAUAGUGAACCUAAUAUAUGAAGCUCUAUCCAAUCCAUCGUAUAAAGGGGUUAUCAAUGGAACUGCACCAAACCCUGUUAGACUGGCCGAAAUGUGUGGACAAUUGGGAAAUGCCAUGGGCCGGCCCUCAUGGCUGCCUGUACCUGAAGUUGCGCUCAAAGCAGUCCUUGGAGAAGGUGCUUCUGUGGUUUUGGAAGGGCAACGGGUGCUUCCCGCUAGAGCCAAGGAAUUGGGUUUCCCAUUCAAGUACCCCUAUGUGAAAGAUGCACUUAAAGCCAUUCUCUCAUAAGAAAGUCAGCACAUGAUGUGAUAAAGCAACCAGUAUAUUCUUUAUUCUUUGAGUAAAGGCUAGGCUUCAGCAAACAUCAACAAACAAGCAGUCAGAAUUUGGUGAUUAGAUCUAGUGAGACUGAGGUCUGCACGGAAACUGUCGGUAGGUUUUCUUAUUUUCUUGUCAGCAAACACUUCUUUUGAAAUGAUCUGCAUUUGCCCGUCAAAAUGUAUUGGGAGUUCUAGAGCAUAAGUUACUGCUUUUUUUCUGAUUUUGUGGUCUUUGCAGUAGUUUGGAAUUGGAAUAACUAGAUGUGCUUCUUCUUUUGAUCUGGCAAAAAAUCUCUCAAUUAUAAAUUAUGAAGUUUAUGUACC